CAACUACCGGAAGUGAUCGAAGCUACGGAAACAUAGUUGCUCUCGUCCUCAUUCAGCGUCUGUUGUGAGUCGGGGAUGCGUCAAUCUUCGACAUGUCCUAAAGAAUUCCCAUGUGAGCAAUAUUCAUUUAUUUAUUUUAGCGUCUUUGUGAAGUUUUGCUGGAGAUGACUUCUCCUCCCGGAUGUUCCGGAAGCGUUGGGUGUUAGCUUAGCCUGUUAGCUGGAUGCUGACAGCGCCGAUGAUGGCUGUCAGAGAGACGCCGUGAUGGAGAGAACAGAUGGUGGUUCUGAUGGAGUCUGAGGACAAUUCCUGCUCUGACUGAGUGAAAAAAGCCAGAAGGUUGGAGAAAAGGCGACCAGCGGCGAUGGAGGAGCCGACCAGCAGUGAUGACGUCCAGCUGACGUUUGAGAAGGAGGACCCACAGAUUAAAGAGGAAGAGGAUGAGACUGAGAUCACAGAAUUUGUAUUCAAUCCUGUAGAAGACGAAGAUCAGGAAGAUUUAUCUUCGACCUUAGAGCUUCAUCACAGCGGGACCGAGGAGAACGGGGACCAUGGCGGACCGGAGCAGAAGUCUAAUAACAAAGAGAAACCUCCGGAGGCUUCAGGGAAAGACGUCACUGAGGGAAUCUCUGGGGAGUUCAAUGGACCUUCAUUAGGAGAUAUAAGUUGUAAGAAGCUGUACACUUGCUCUGAAUGUGGGAAAACCUUCAACAGCAGGCCGUGUCUGGUGAGACACAACAGAAUCCACUCUGAAGAAAAACCCUUCAGCUGCUCCUUCUGCGAUCAAAAGUUCAGCAGGAGGGAAAGCGUAACUCGCCACAUGAGGUGUCACACCGAGGAAAAACCUUUCAGCUGCUCGGUUUGCGGACAGAAGUUCAGCAGGAAGGAGAGUCUCACCUAUCACAUGACCUACCACACGAAAGAGAAACCCCACAGCUGCGCCGUCUGCAGCAAAGCUUUCACCUCGAAAAGAAACCUGAUGGAGCACGGGCGAAUCCACACGGACGAGAGGCCGUUCAGCUGCUCCGUCUGCAAGGCGACUUUUAAGCGGAAAUACACACUGGUGGAGCACACCAGGAGCCACACGGGGCAGAAGCCGUACAGCUGCUCGGUCUGCGGCCAGAGCUUCAGUCACGGCAUAAGCCUGACCCGUCACAUGAGGUGUCACACGGGACAGAAACCGUACGGCUGUCCCAUCUGUAAGGCUGCUUUCAAGCUGAAAAACGCUCUGAUGGAGCACACCAGAAUCCACACAGGAGAGAAACCGUUCAGCUGCUCGGUUUGUGAGGCAGCAUUCAGAAGAAACCAGGACGUCGUUAAGCACAUGAAGAUCCACGCAGGUGUUCAGCAGCUGGUGGUGAUCAAAGUGGAGCCUUCUCCUGAGGAGAACCACUGGAGUUCCAGACCGGGUCAGGACUGCUCAAACCCACCACAGAUGAAGAAGGAACUAGAGGAGGCUGAUAUUACAAAGCCCAGAAAACCUGCCAUCCCUGUGAAGAGCAACAACGCUAAAAAUAAACUUCUGUCAUCGCACUUACAUCGCAACCUCUCUGAAGAGAGCAGAGACCCUGUGAGCCUGGAGCCAAGUCCAGAUCCGCAUUUAGCGUCGUCCAAAAACAGAGCGUCGGGUUUAAAUUCUCUAAAGAACGGUCCUGUUGGUGAAACAACAAGUGAGGGCGAUAAGAAGUUACACAGCUGCUCUGAGUGCAAUAAGACUUUUAACCACCGGGCGGAUCUGUCGAGGCACAACCGAGUCCACACAGGAGAGCGACCCUUCAAAUGCCCCGUCUGUAACGCUGCGUUUAGAAGGAAAUACACGCUAGCAGAACACACAAGGACCCACACAGGAGAGAAACCGUACAGCUGCUCCCUCUGCGAGCAAAGCUUCGGCCGCAGGUCGAGUCUGACGUGUCACAUGAGCUGUCACACGGGAGACAAACCCCUCCGCUGUUCGGUUUGUAAUAUGGAGUUUAGGGAGAAACUGGAGUGGGUGGAACACACAAAAACCCACUCAGGCACAUAGCGUCACACGGCUGGUCGUACAGGCGGCUCAGAGGUUCGUUUAGUUGGAUAUUUCACUUCAUGCACGCCGAGUCACGAAGAAGAAACACAUUUGUUCUGUUUGUGAAUCAAAAGCUUUUUAAAUAAAACACUAAUGAUAGAAAGGGAUGGGCAAAUAUCCAACAGUUUAUCGCUAUUUGGCAAAAAAUACUGUGAUGACGACUAACUCUAAUUUAUAAUUAACGCAAAAGCUGACAGUAUGGUUGGGAUUCUGCUUUUUGCCAUGUGAACAAUCUAUUUUUCAUCAAUUAAAUGAUUAUCUAUAUCAAAA